AUGACAAACAAAGAAGAUGCCAAGAACUUGGGUUACUUGGAAGUGAAUCUAUUUGAUGAAAUGGACCAGGGAUCACUAAGUGAAUACAUGGACAUGGAGCCAACUGUGAACAUGGAUGAAAGCCAGGACCUUGAAGCAUUGACAAACAGACUGGAGGCAAUGGGCAUGUGGGAAGUCAUGGAUCUACCACCUGGAAUGAACACUGUUGAUACCAAAUGGGUGCUGGAAGUGAAAACAGAUGCAAACCUGGUACCUACAAAGUUCAAAGCGAGACUCAUGGCAAGAGGGUUCACUCAGAGAGAAGGUGUCAAUUAUGCCAAAAUCUUUGCACCUGUAGUGCCAAUCCAAUCAAUUAGAGGAAUAUUGGCUGUGGUGGCUGUGCAAGACUGGGAGAUAGACUUGGUUGAUGUCAAGCAGGCAUACCUCAACUUGAACCUACACCACAACAUAUACCUGAAGCCACCAAUUGGAACAAAAGUGCCCCCAGGGAAGGUCUUCAAGCUGAAAAAGGGGUUAUAUGGUUUGAAACAGUCAGGGCAAGAGUGGAACACAGAAAUGGACUCACACUUUCAGAGGAUAGGAUUUCACUGCAUGCCCAGCACACCCUGUCUGUACAUGAGAGGAACAGGAAAUGGGAUCACAGUCAUCACAGCAUAUGUCAAUGACAUGCUGAUAGCCUCACCAAGUUGCAAGGAGGUGGAUCGCACCAAGAGUGAGAUCAUGAACAAGUGGGGAAUGGAAGACAAUGGGAGAAUAAAGGAGUUUCUUGGCAUCAAGAUCACAUGGGACCAAACUCAAAGAAGCAUAUCCCUGGACUUAACAGCAUACAUUAAAGCAAUGGUGAGCAAAUGGUUACAGAGAGUGACAGAGAAAUCCUGGGUUCCCAUGCAGGACAUCACUGUGAGCACCAGAGGAAACAUAUGUUCACCAUCACAAAGCAAGGAAUACCAGGAGCUCAUGGGACAACAUUUAUGGAUAUCAAACACAGUGCAACCAGACAUAUCAUUCACAGUGGGGACUUUAGCAUGA